GUCAAACUGGUUUCAUCAUGCAAAACAGCAGCUUUCUAUGCAAUGAUAUUUGAUAUGCUCGCUUUGCUAACUGUCUAAAAUAAGCAACUGCUGGAAACAUUUAAAUGUCUAGACAAGUUGAAUGAGGUUGACAAGUUAAGGUGAAGAGCGAUGUCCGGAUAAAGGUGGACGUUUUAUUAAGUUGAAGGCUAUGAUUGUGGAUAAUGGAGGAUGGUCAAGGUGGGCACUUGGACUACCUAAUCCAAGUUGAGGACACCAUCAUUGAGGGUGUUAGCAACCAGGUCUUGCUUGUUGUGGUUGUCAGUUUUGCCCUCCUUGCAGGCAUCCUCAUUUUGCUCUGCAGACAGGAGGAGCAGAAUAUUCAUCCUGAGAAUCAGGAACAUGUUCGAGCUGUCCGACAACAGCUCCAAACUGAGCAGGAUGAAAAUCCACAGACAGAGGCCAGGCAGCAGUUUUACAGAGACAUGUCUUGUCCUGUGUGUUUACAACAAGCUGUGCUGCCGGUGGAGACCAACUGUGGACACCUUUUCUGUGGCUCCUGCAUUAUAGCUUACUGGAGGUACGGCACCUGGCUGGGUGCAAUAAACUGCCCAAUAUGCAGACAAAUGGUAACACUACUGUUCCCAUUAUUCCACGAGCACGCCACUCCAGAGAGGGUGCAGGAUGGCGACGCAGAACCUCAACUUAUAUUACGAGAUAUCAAUGAUUACAACCGUAGAUUUUCUGGGCAGCCAAGAUCUCUUCUGGAUAGACUGCGUGACGUCCCCACCCUGCUCCGUCAUGCCUUCAGGGAGAUGUUUUCUGUGGGCGGACUCUUCUGGAUGUUCCGGAUUCGAAUUCUUCUCUGUCUCAUCGGUGCCAUUACCUACCUGGCCUCGCCGCUCGACAUUCUCCCCGAAGCGCUUUUUGGACUUCUGGGUUUCAUGGACGACUUCUUCGUGAUCCUCCUCCUGUUUGUGUACAUCUCGAUCAUGUACAGAGAAGUGGUCACGCAGCGGCUGAACGGCUAGACCCUCAAACAGACAAAGGAUGCUUUGGGAAAAGAGAACUCAAUAUCUAAAGCGGACAUGUAAAAAACUGAAUAAAAUGUUCUAAGAGGAGUUUGCUAAUGAGGUUGGGUUUUUCAGAGGGCUUUACUUUAAUUAAAUGGACCAUUAGUUUCUAACUGGAGAGGUUAACAAAUCAUUGUGAAUGUUGACUUUCAUUAUAAAAGUUUCGAUUAAAAUUAAUUUCCAGUUAAACUAAUUCAGACGAACAAGAGUGAAGAAUAAAUGAAAGGGUAUGAUCAAAGUACUGCAUCCAGACUGGCCCAUUUUUGACAGUGCCAUUUAGCAAUGUGAAUAUCAACAUAAUAUGGACAACUGUGCAAUAUAAUGACAUCUUAAAAGUCUUGUAUUUAUGGAUUUAACAAUCACAUUUGCAUAUGGAUUUUCACUUCCAAGGUAAAGUGUGGAACAACUAUAAAAAAGUACCUGUUUGAGCUCGUUUGUCACUACUUUAAAAUGUAGCUAUGCAUACUUUGUGAUGACUUGAAAAGCAGAGCUUGUUAAACCAGUUGGAAGAAAUUAUGUGAAUAGUUUUCUAGGCAUCAAUUUAAAUUCAGUGAUCAAAUCCUGCUUCCAGCAUGCAUCCAGGUAAUGCUCAAUACCUUCUUGCAUAACCAGUUUUUUAACAAGCCAUUCUAAAAGUAUAUGGAUAAUCCUGGACAAUGUUGAAUGUAAUUAAUCUAAAAAUGAAUGCAAAGUCACUUUUGUUAAGUUUACUCAGCCAUUUUAUUAAAAGGAAAUUUGGUUCUUUGAGCCAGGAAAUCAAAUCAGA